AGAUAAUCAAUUUUUUCGGGUGGUUCCUGUUGAUAUGACAAUUACAGAGGGCGAUGAUGUUGAACUUGAAUGCACGGUGGGUAAUCAGAAAGGUUCAGUUCAAUGGAGUAAGGAUGGAUUCCUUUUAGGAUUUGAUCCUGAAAUCCCAGGAUUCCCGAGAUAUUCAAUGAAAGUGCAACAAACAUUAGGAAUUUUUAAUUUACGAAUCAAUAACGUCCAAUUAGAAGAUGAAGGAGAUUACCAAUGUCAGGUUGGUCCAGCUCUUAAUAACAAACCAAUACGCUCAGGCUCAAAGUUAACUGUGAUGGCUGGACCAAAGGAGGUUCUCAUUUUAUCUUCCGCUCCAGUUUUAAAAGGAUCUUCCAAAACUCCUCAUCAUAAUAUUCAUCAUUCAUCAUCGUUGCCUUCACCAUCAUCUUUCACAAUAUCUUCCACCUCAACUAAUUCCGAAGAUAAUUCAAUCCAAUUGAAAUCUGAUUCUAAUCAUUUCAACAAUUAUCCAAGUUUAAUCUCUUCCAGUGAAACCAGGAAACAUCAUUACACAAUAUACGCCAAAGAAGCUCAAAGGAUAACCUUAAAUUGUAAUACUAGCUCAUUAACUAAACCGGAAACCAAAUUAACUUGGUUCAGAAAUAAUAUCCAAUUGAAACAAG